CUUGUGCUAAGAAAAUGUGCAUAAUAAUUUAAUUGAACUUUAAAUAAAAAAUAAAAUAAAUCAGUAAUAGCAGUAAUAAAAUCAUUUUAUUGUUCAACAAGGGCAGACAAAUACACAAUAAAAAUGCAUAAAUUAACUUUAAAUAGCAUGCAAAAGUCAUGUGGAUUUUAUAAUAUUGUAAAGUGGCAUAAUACUUCAAAAUGGCAAAAGAUAAUCUGCAGCAACCCUUCAUUUUUGAAAUAUUCUUCACCCUCGCAACCUUUUUCGAGUAAUGCAGAUUUUCCAGCGAGACAUAUCGGACCUCGGGAACAUGAUAUCAAGGAUAUGCUGGCAUUCUUAAACUCUAAGUCGUUAGAUGAUUUAUCUAAUAAUGCAGUUCCUUCAGACAUUCGAAUAAAAAAGCGUAUGGAAAUAAGUGAUCCUUUAAGCGAGUACGAAUUAAUCCAAAGAAUUCGUAAAAUUUCUGAACAAAAUCAAAUUUGGCGCAGCUAUAUUGGAAUGGGUUAUUAUAAUUGUUGUGUGCCGCAUACUAUUCUAAGGAAUAUAUUUGAGAAUCCAGGCUGGACGACCCAAUAUACUCCCUAUCAACCAGAGAUAGCUCAAGGAAGAUUAGAAAGCUUACUUAAUUAUCAAACUAUGGUAUCCGAUUUAACCGGCUUAGACAUAGCAAAUGCUUCUCUUUUAGAUGAAGGUACCGCUGCAGCUGAAGCUAUGGGAUUAUGUCAUAGACAAAAUAAAAGAACCAAGAUAUUUGUUUCUAAAAAUUUGCAUCCACAAACUAUUGCGGUUGUUGUGACAAGAACGGAUGCUCUUGGUCUAGAAGCUGUCGUAGGGGACAUUCAUCAAGCAGAUUUAUCCAAUAAGGACUUCGCUGGAAUACUGUUGCAAUAUCCCGAUACUACAGGAGACAUCCAAAACUUUGAAUCGGUUGUGAAAGAAGCUAAGAAAAAUAACACAUUGGUUGUUUGCGCAACAGACUUAUUGUCGUUGGUUUUGUUGCGUGCUCCUGGAGAAUGGGGCGCAGAUAUAUGCGUCGGUACCAGCCAACGUUUCGGAGUUCCAUUGGGAUACGGUGGACCGCAUGCUGGUUUCUUCUCAUGCAAAGAAUCGUUGGUUCGUCUAAUGCCAGGCAGAAUGAUGAUUGGUGUAACGAGGGAUGCUGAUGGGAAUCAUGCAUAUAGACUAGCGUUGCAAACUAGAGAACAACAUAUUCGGCGGGAUAAAGCCACAAGUAACAUUUGUACAGCGCAAGCCCUACUGGCCAAUAUGUCUGCAAUGUUUGCAGUAUAUCAUGGACCUGAAGGGUUGAAAAAAAUUGCACAAAAAGUCCACAAGUCUACACUUACUUUAAAUGCAGGUUUAAAACUAGCAGGUCACGAAGUGCAAAAUUCUACGUUUUUUGAUACAUUGCAAGUUAAAUUAAAGAAUACAAUGACCGUUCAAGAUCUUCGGAAGAAAGCCGAAGAGAAGCGCAUUAAUUUGCGGUACUUUGAAGACGGAACUGUAGGAAUAGCAUUGGAUGAAACAGUUAGCGAGAGCGAUUUAAGUGACUUACUAAGCAUAUUCGGAUGCGAAAAAAAGAUGGAUGAGAUAUGUCAAUCUGAUCAUAUGAAAACUUAUGAUAUAGAAAAUAGUGAAUUUAAAAGAACUUCAAAUUAUUUGACUCACCAAAUUUUUAACAUGUAUCACUCAGAAACCAAAAUUGUACGUUAUAUGAAGAGGUUAGAAAAUAAGGAUUUAUCUCUUGUGCACUCAAUGAUUCCAUUGGGUUCCUGUACAAUGAAAUUGAAUUCUACUACUGAAAUGAUGCCAUGCUCGUUUCAACAUUUCACAGAAGUGCAUCCAUUCGCACCACGCGAGCAGGCUGCAGGAUACCACUUCAUGUUCAAAGAGCUUGAGAAAGACUUGUGCGCCAUCACGGGAUACGAUAGAGUUUCUUUUCAGCCAAAUAGCGGUGCCCAAGGUGAAUAUGCUGGCUUAAGAGCAAUCAAAGGUUAUCAUGAAUCCUUAGGUGAGGGGCACAGACACAUAUGUUUGAUACCCGUUUCCGCCCACGGUACUAACCCCGCCUCGGCUCAAAUGGCUGGCAUGAAGGUGGAACCUAUUAAAGUCACGUCGGAUGGGCUAGUCGACUUAGAUUAUUUGAAGCAACAGCUAGAAAAACACAGCAAGAAUAUAUCUUGCCUUAUGAUUACAUAUCCAUCAACAUAUGGAGUUUUUGAGGAGACAAUUGGCGAAGUUUGCCGUUUGGUGCACUUGCACGGUGGACAGGUUUACCUGGAUGGCGCGAAUAUGAAUGCACAAGUUGGAUUAUGCAGGCCCGGAGAUUAUGGCUCAGAUGUUUCUCAUUUGAAUUUACAUAAAACGUUUUGUAUUCCCCAUGGAGGAGGCGGCCCGGGUAUGGGACCCAUUGGCGUCAAAAAGCAUUUAGAACCAUUUUUACCUAGUCAUCCUGUAAUAGACCCAUUGGCAGAUUUGGGAAACAAAGCUAGUUCAUUUGGUGUUGUAAGUGCUGCUCCAUAUGGAUCUUCUUCCAUACUUCCGAUCAGUUGGGCUUAUAUAAAGAUGAUGGGAGCAGAUGGACUUCGUAAGGCGACGCAAGUUGCAAUACUUAACGCAAAUUAUAUGAGCAAAAAGCUCGAACCAUAUUAUAAAACUUUAUUUAAAGGUGAUAAAAGCAACCUUUGCGCACAUGAAUUCAUAUUAGAUGUGAGGGAUAUUAAGAAAACUGCGAAUGUUGAAGCAGUCGAUAUUGCAAAACGUCUGAUGGACUACGGAUUUCACGCACCUACCAUGUCUUUCCCUGUGACCGGAACUUUGAUGGUUGAACCCACAGAGUCGGAAGACAAGGAAGAACUCGAUAGAUUUUGCGAAGCACUCAUAUUAAUUCGUAAAGAAAUAGCAUUAAUUGAGGAAGGAAAAUUAGAUAGACAAAACAACCCAUUAAAAUUAUCUCCACACACACAACGACAGGUUACAAUGGAAAAUUGGACAAGAAAAUAUUCAAGAGAAAUGGCAGCUUUUCCAGCGCCGUUUGUUAAUCCGGAAACUAAAAUUUGGCCAACUGUUGCCAGGAUAGAUGAUAUCUAUGGAGACAAAAACUUAGUAUGCACGUGCCCACCAAUGUCAUCCUACACAUAAAUUAUUAAUAUUCAAACUAGAAAAUUGCCACAAAUUGAACAUAAUAAUACUAAAAUAAUGCAUACUUCAACAUAAAUCAUAAAAUGCUAAUAGUAACAAAUGAUAAAAUUUGGACCUACCACCAUUAUUUGUUGUGGAACUAAUUGAAAUUUAUUAAGCAUGCUUCAAUCUCUCGUAGGUUUUUGAUAUGCGAUAAUUACUUAUUUAUUUUUAUAAUAAAAACAAAUG